AUGACCGGCUGGCGAUUUAUCUUAAUUACAAUAGUCUUAAUGAAGACGAAAGAUUCUCGUGUGAUCAACGGGCAGGUUUCCCCGGAUAAUUUAAAUCCAUAUUACAAUGAAUCUAUGGAGAUCGAGAAGCGCCUACCACAGCAUGUACUUCCCAGGAAAUACGUGAUUGCGAUCUCGCCCGACUUCCAAAAGGACGAAUUUCACGGUAGCAUUCGUAUCGAUCUCGAAUUAUUAAAAGACCAAAGUUAUAUCGCUUUACACUCGAAGGAUUUGGCCAUAUCAUCAACCAAAUUGUACGCAGGAAAGUUUCAAACGGAAGUUCGAAUACAGUCCGUCUUUCCUGUAAGAAAACGUGAGAUGUUGGUUAUCAAACCUUAUAGAAAUAUCUCUUUAGGAGAGUACUAUUUGAAAAUGAAUUUCAGUGGUAGAUUAAAAGGAAAAAUAAAUGGAUUCUAUUUAAGUACCUACGUCGAUGAAAAUAAAUCCAUUAGAAAGUUAGCAGUAUCCCAAUUCGAGCCAUUCUACGCUAGAACAGCGUUUCCUUGCUUCGAUGAACCAAGCUUCAAAUCCAUUUUUCUUAUUCGUCUCGUUUAUUCCAAGAAGUUCUUUUAUCACGCUCGAUCAAACAUGCCAAUUGAAAAAAUGGAGACGAUGGGAGACGACAAUGAUAAAACGAUCGCAUACUUCGAACCUACGCCACCGAUGUCCACUUAUCUUGUUGCCUUCCUAGUCAGUGACUUUGAGUGUUUAGGGUCUCAUAUGAACCUUUUGAACGAAAGUAAAAUACCAGUUGCUGUAUGUGUGAGGCCUAUGUUCAAACAAAAGGCAGCAUUCGCCUUAAAUAUCACGAUUAAAGCGAUGAAAUUUUAUCUGGAAACUUUUCAGAUCAAUUAUCCACUGCAAAAAUUGGAUCUGAUCGGUAUACCCGAUUUCGCAACGGGCGCCAUGGAGAAUUGGGGUCUCAUCACAUUCCGUGAAACACAGCUGCUUCACAGCGAAAACGAUAGUUCUUGCACCAAUAUGAGAAAAGUCAGCUUGACUGUGGCCCAUGAAUUGGCACACAUGUGGUUUGGCAAUCUGGUUACCAUGAAAUGGUGGGACGAUCUUUGGUUGAACGAAGGAUUCGCCACAUAUAUGGAGCACAUAGCAGUUGACUCCUUGUUCCCAGAUUGGAAACUGAUGGAUUCCUUUCCAUUAUACACUAAAUACAUCUCUAUGAAACACGAUGUGAAAAUACGUACUCGCUCAGUUGUAAAACGGAUCGAAGAUUUGAAUGAAAUAGAAGAAAUGUUCGAUCGAAUCUCCUAUCAGAAAGUAUGUUAACCCUUAAAAUAUAUCUUUUUACUUCAAAAAUCGAUAAAGUCCAAUAUUUAAAUAAUUUAAUAAUACCAGGUACCAGAUAAAAAGUAAAAAUAUGUUUCAUUCUCAAUAGUUAGGGACAAAAUCUCCGCAAUAUCUCACAAGAACAAAUCAAUAGAAUUUUACGUUUGAAACGUAAUAUAAUAAUAGGAAUAAAAUUUCCUCGGAAAAUUAACUUUUAUACUUUCGAGAGUUAGUCAAAGAGUUACGCAGACGAAGGAAGACAAAGAAAAGUACAGUUCAAUUGGUUGAUUGAAUGUUAG